ACUUUAGAGAAUCACAGGCCUUGGCGAAGCUAUUUUACAUGCAUAAAUACACUUCAUAUAUACAAGUAACUGGGAUUCAAGACUUUCCUGAUCAGAGCUAAAUCAACUUUAUCUGCAAAGAAAGGAAUGGAUGCACCUAAAGAUCAUCAAGAUGUUGUGAAUGUGGAUGUCGAAGCUGCCAAAGAUCUGCUCAAUUCAUCUGGUUACCGUUAUCUCGAUGUGAGAACAGUUGAGGAAUUCAACAAAAGCCAUGUUGAUAAUGCUUUAAAUAUCGCCUAUAUGUUUAGCACAGAAGCAGGAAGGGUGAAAAAUCCUGAUUUUCUUGACCAGGUAGCAGCAGUAUGCAAGAGUGAGGAUCACUUGCUUGUGGCGUGCAACAGUGGAGGAAGAGGACGCAAAGCUGUUAUAGAUUUGCUUGAUUCAGGAUAUAAACAUGUUUUUAACAUGGGGGGAGGCUACUCUGCGUGGGUGGAUGCUGGAUUUGCUGGGGACAAGCCAGCAGAAGAGCUCAAAACUGCUUGCAAGUUCCGUCCUUGAGAGUGUUCAUAUUUUACACCACUGCCUAGUGAACAUUGAAGGAUGUAUUAUCUUAUAUCUUGCCUUCUCUAAUUUUAUGAAUAAAGCUCAAUGUUUCACUAGAUGGUUAAUUCAUAUUUGCUUGUACCAACUUCCAAUGUAACAAAAAACAAAUAUCACAAUGAUGCAUGAAUAAGAAGAAACUGGACAUUCAUUUCCUCAA